GCGAGUGGAAAGGGAUUCGUUGUGAUGGCCUUGACCGGAAUGUAAUCUCCCUGAACAUGUCGGGUCUGGGAAUCUCCGGUUCAUUGGGGCCGGAGAUUGGUCUUUUGAGAUCCCUCAAGGUGAUUGAUCUUAAUAACAACAAUUUCUCGGGUUUGAUCCCGGCAGAGUUGUCAAAUUGCAGCCUUCUAGAACACUUGGACUUAUCUGAGAAUGGUUUCACUGGUGAAGUUCUUAGAAAUAUUGUCAACCUGAGGAAUCUGAGGUAUUUAUCACUUUAUGGGAAUUUCCUUAGUGGAGAAAUACCAGAAUCUAUUGGAAAUUGUACUAAAUUGCAAGAACUCUAUCUGACUGAAAACCAAUUUGUCGGUGCUUUACCGGAUAGUCUAAACAACCUGAAACUUCUGGAGUACUUGGACAUCAGUUCAAACAGUCUUGAGGGUAGGAUUCGGUUUGGUUCAGGUGGUUGCAAGAAUUUGAUAGUAAUGGUUCUGUCAUACAAUCAAUUUGAUGGAGAAAUCCCGUCGAGCUUGGGAAACUGCAGUAGGUUGACGGUUUUUUCAGCUCUGGGUAAUAAGUUAACAGGUCAGAUCCCUUCUUCGUUUGGUUCACUUACAAAACUAGAGUAUCUUUAUAUUAAUGAAAACCUUUUGUCUGGGAAAAUACCACCUGAGAUUGGGUCCUCACAUGGAACUGUUUACAAGGCUGCCUUGGAUCCGGGGAGAGUUUAUGCUGUAAAGAAACUUGUACUUUCACGCCAUAAAGGAGAAAAUAUUAAAAGCAUGGKUAGGGAAAUUGAAACUGUUGGAAAGAUCAAGCACCGGAAUCUGGUAAGGUUGGAAGCCUUCUGGUUGAGGAAGGACAAUGGAUUGAUCUUGUAUAAGUAUUUGGAGAAUGGAAACCUCCAUGAUGUUCUACAUGAGAUUAAACCAGCUCCAGUCCUCAGGUGGGAAGUACGAUACCRGAUAGCACUUGGAACUGCCCAAGGAUUAGCAUAUCUACACGAUGAUUGCAAUCCUGCAAUAGUGCAUCGAGAUAUUAAACCAAAUAACAUACUUUUGGAUGGUGACAUGGAGCCUCACAUCUCUGAUUUUGGCAUUGCCAAACUCAUAGAUCAGUCCUCUGCCACUGUUCAGUCCAUCACAGUUGCCGGUACCAUUGGCUAUAUAUCACCAGAGACUGCAUUUAAAGUAGAAAAGAGUAAGGAAUCAGAUGUAUACAGCUAUGGAGUAGUUUUGCUUGAACUGAUUAGCAGAAAAAGAGCUCUGGAUCCUUCAUUUCCACAGGACACAGAUAUAGUGCACUGGGUAAGAUCAAUCUGGAGGAGAGUUCAAGCCAUUGACAGGAUUGCAGAUCCAAGCCUCAUGCAAGAAUCCAUGGAUUYCAUUAGCAUUAAAGAAGUGAUUGAUGUAUUAUUGGUGGCAUUGAGAUGUACAGCAGCACAGCCAAGUGAGAGACCAACAAUGAAAGAUGUCGUGAAGCAGCUAGUAGAUGCCAAGGCUCGACAUAGAAUCAAAUUAAUUAAAUGUAACUAGUGCUUGAAGUUAUUUUAGAGAAGUAAAAUAUAGAAAAGAUUCUAACACAAACAUGGAGAAGAACAUAGAAGAUUCUUGAAAAAUUCACUAAUUUUCAAUCAGCAGUACAAGCUGCGAUGGGAUCUCCUGGAAGAAAAAAACUCUGCACACACUCUGCAAGCAUAGCCAUCCAGUGCGAUAUUCCUUAUGUGUGGUUGGAUGCUGUGUGCGUAAAGUUUUUGCUUGCAGGAGAUCCGGGCUCGUACAAAGUCUAGUGAGAAAGCUUCUAUUUAUUUCAUUGAAUGGCUCUGACGAGUGCUUGAACCAUGCAAAACUCCUUACUAGUUUGGUUUCCUUGUGCUCUUAAUACAAC